AAUUAUUCAUGACCGCAUUAGUGCCGAUUGAGAGUUCCACCGUGGAUGCCGGAAAAUUAAGCGUGAGGAAAAUUCUGAGGGAAAACUCUGCAAGAACCAAAUAAAAAAAAAAUGGCCACUCGGGUGGAGCUGGCUCUGCUCGUUUGGAUCGCGGUUUGGUCCACCGGCAAAGUUGAGGGUAAAGCCACCGUCGAGCAGAUGAUGAAAACGGGCGAGAUGAUUCGGAGUGUGUGCAUCGGCAAGGCGAAGGCCAACGAGGAGCUGGUCAACCAGCUGAAGGAGUCCAAGUUUCCGGACGCCAUGGAGGUCAAGUGCUACGUCAACUGUGCGCUGGAGAUGAUGCAGGCGAUGAAAAAAGGCAAGCUGAACUAUGACGCGAUGCUGAAGCAGAUCGAUACCAUCAUGCCGGAUGAGCUGGCGGAACCGAUGAGGAAUGCUGUCAACGUGUGCCGAAAUAGUGCUGAUGGCAUCAAGAACAACUGCGAGGCGUCUUACGCGGUGGCCAAGUGUAUUUCCAAGAACAACCCCAAGUUUGUGUUUCCCUAGCACAAAUCCAGCAAUGCUGUGUACUUUAUUGAUGAGCAAACACCCACUCAUAUGCACACACACACCUACACAGUGAAAUGUGAAGGUAAAUAAAUAUUUAUGUCCUGUGCGUCGCCGCGCCGUAUUUGUCGAAAUG